UUUUCUCCAGCAGAAUAAAUCGGCUGAAGCCCCCAUUUUCAUUCGUGGAGGUUCUCUGUAUCUAUCUGUUCCUGGUAUUACUCUUUUCCUGCGAAUAUUUUGCGCUGAAACCCUGCAAUGAAGGCUAAAUAUUCUUAAAAAGGACCAAACGAAAAACAUGCAAAGGUCCGCAGGGACCAACAUCUCCGCAGCUUCACAAGCUUGUGCUGUAUGUAAAUACCAACGCAAGAAAUGCACUCCUAACUGUCCCUUGGCUCCUUUUUUCCCUGCCAGUAACCACAAAGAUUUCCUUGACACUCGCAAACUUUUCGGUGUCAGGAAUAUCACCAAAUUAAUUGAAAAACUCGAUCCUCAGCAGCGAGUCAUUGCCAUGAAAUCCAUUAUCUUUCAAGCAAACACGAGGGCUAAUGACCCUGUUGGUGGUUGUUACCGCAUUAUUUCUGAGUUACAAACUCAGAUAGAUUGGUAUAAGUCUGAGCUUGAACUUGUGCGCUAUCAGCUGUCCAUUUGUAAGGCCCAGGCAGCGGCUACCCAACAGCAAUCAGGGCAGCAAAUGAAUAUGAUGGUUCAAGUAGUAGAUGAUGAUCAGCAACAGGUUAAUGCUAUUGAUGAUCAGGGUUUGGAGGGUUUUAAUAUGUAUGAUGCUUUGUCUGUUCAUGACCAUCGUUGCCAAGGAGGAGAGGGAAACAUUUUUCAGGAUAGCUAUGCCGCUUCUUCGUCCUUGUCGCCAGUUUAUAAUGUGUUUGAUCCAAAUUCCGUUAAAGUUGAAUCGGAGGCGUCGCUUGUUCCAUUGCUUUAUAAACGGGCUUUGUCAGAUGUAGAUGAAGAUAUCAAGCCGCUUCUUGCUGUGUAUGACGACAAGGGAGCCGGAGCGUUUCCUUUGGACUCCAAAGGGUCGAAUAUUCAAUGCAGUGACAAACUUGUGUCGACGGAAGAGAUUGGGUCAAUCCGACAUGAGCCGAAGCAUGACCUCAAGGAUGCUGCUUCCCUGUUGACUCUUACAAAUGGCAAGGGAUAGAUGAGUUUGAAAAUCCGCGAGUAGCACUAUAGUCUUCAUUUUUGGUGUCUUUCUCUACACUGUUAAUAUGGUUAGAAAAUUGUGCAUAAAUUUACGGAGCAUACUCAAAGUUGUAUUACACUAGUUCAAUUUGAUUUAUAUGAGUAAAAGUCUUCGGGUUUUCCCUUGGAAGGCCAGGAUUCUUUGGAUUGGAGUAAAAUUCAAGUUGGUGUUGAAAUAAAGACCAGUUUUACGCAGAAAAAGAAAUGUAACCGUGUAAAAGAUUUACAAGGACCACGCAGUAAGCCAAUGCCCAAUGGUUUAGUUUGACACCGGAAUACAGAGCAAAGCUAUAUUUCUCUUUGGCAGAUUGCAAACGCGAGCCACUGGACCCCAAAGCCAGCCCGCAGGCACCGCCCUGGAUUGGAAAUAAUGGCUUUCCAGGCAUGCCAGAAGACGACAACACCGUGUGAAACUGCAUCAUUCCAUUUUGUAUUCGUUUUCGUAUUCAUUUUCAGCCAUUUUAACCGGUUCUCAGAUUUUCUCAAUUCAGCUUCUAGCUUUCAACCAUAUUUGAGGAUUUCAGCAUGGCCCCAAUCAGGUACCUCUUGUGUCUCCUACCAAAGUUCAUAAACAAGUCAUACUGUAGUAAUUUCAGCAGAUUAGCAAUUUCAUUGGACAGGGGGGCAUGCCAAGAUUUGGUCGACCACUCUUCCAUUGUUUUGAGGCAUCUGAUUUUAGAUUCUUGUUCCUCUAUGGUGUGACACCAUCUUGUGCCUCAGUAACGACUAGCACCUUAGCAUCUUGUGUCCCACGUGGUACUGUUUCCAGUGAAAAAUUACUAAAUGACUGAUAUCACAUUCAUAUCAAACCAUAUU